AUGGGCGAACCGGCAGAGGGGAAAAAGGAAGAAGCGGACUAUAAGAGAGUUCACACCUUCCCCCUGGUCAGGCACACAGAUAUGCCAGAGGAGAUGCGGGUGGAAGCCAUGGAGCUGUGCGUCACGGCCUGCGAGAAGUUCGCCACCAACAACGAGAGUGCUGCCAAGAUGAUCAAAGAGACGAUGGAUAAGAAGUUUGGAUCCUCCUGGCACGUGGUGAUUGGCGAGGGCUUCGGCUUUGAAAUCACCCACGAGGUGAAGAAUCUUCUCUACAUGUUCUUCGGAGGCAGCUUGGCUGUGUGUGUCUGGAAGUGUUCCUGAUAACCCCACCUCCCUCACACUCACCCCAAAUCCCAAGCCCCACUGUCCCCUCGACCUUCAGCAGGAUGGAGAAGCAGCCUCAGGCAGGCCCUGGCUUUUAGAAGGAAAGUUAGGAUUUUUUUCUUUUUCUAUCAUAGGGCCAGUUUUCUGGGUGACAUGCGCUCUCUCUCUCCCUCUCCCUCCUCCACCCCCGUGUAUGUGCGUGUGCCCCCCCAAUUUAUGGACUAUUUUGCUUUGAGAAUGGGGGCAGCGGGGAGGGGCAGGUGGGGAUUUAGCCUUGGAAAGUGAUUCCAGAUUGAAAAGGAGGAGCAGGGAGCCCGAUAAACCCCACCCGCUCCUCAUCUUUGUCUUGUCUUCCCCCCGCACCCUGCCCCAGCCAGGUGUCACAGCUUGGAAUCACUUUGGGUGCUGGUCCCCACCACCUCCCUCUCCCCCUCCCCAUCCCACCCCCAGCACCUGGCCAGAUCUCUCCCCUUCUCUCUCCCCAUUGUUGGCAGAGUCCAUCUCUUGACCAACGGCUACAUUUAGCUGGUGGGGUGUUCUCCUCACCAGCCCCCCACACCCAUAAUGAAUCGUCCCUUCCUCCUCCAUGCUGGGACCAUGUCCAGAAGGCUGCCUUUUUAAGGCACCGUGCAGCCCCCCAGCCCAUUUUCACCCCUCCACCUGUUGCACAGCUCACAGCACACGGGGGCAGGAGGAAGGGGCUCUUCCCAGCUGGGGUACCGUCACCCAUACCAUGAGGUAACAGAACAAGACCCCUCCCUCCCCCCCAGAAACCCCCAACUCCAAACACUAACUUCCCUGGGCAGAGCUGGGUGGCCUCCACCUUAAUCAUCAGGAACCUCCUGUAUGUUUGUACUUCCCAGUGGUGGUUUUUCUAUUUUAUUUGUAAGCGUUGCGGGAGGGAGCCGAUGAGAUGGACAGUCCAAACCGUGCUUUACAGAACGAUGUAUUUAUAUGAACGUUUUGGGGUUUUACAAUUAAAACGACCAAAACCAGA